AGUAACAAACGAAAUGAGCCAGGGCCGUGGAUAAUGUGACUUUUAUAUUGGUCUGGGAUUGGCUGUGAGCUCCAGCAUUUUCAUUGGAGGGAGUUUCAUUUUGAGAAAAAAAAAAAGGCCUUCUGCGACCUGCCAGAAAAGGCUCCAUGAGAGCAGGUCAAGGUGGCCAUGCAUAUCUUAAAGAGUGGUUGUGGUGGGCUGGGCUGCUAUCAAUGGGAGCUGGCAAGGUGGCCAACUUUGCUGCCUAUGCCUUUGCACCAGCCACCCUAGUGACUCCGUUAGGGGCACUCAGUGUCCUAGUGAGUGCCAUUCUUUCUUCAUACUUUCUAAAUGAAAGACUUAACCUUCAUGGAAAAAUUGGAUGUUUGCUAAGUAUUCUGGGAUCUACAGUUAUGGUUAUUCAUGCCCCAAAAGAAGAGGAGAUUGAGACUUUAAAUGAAAUGUCUCACAAGCUAGGAGAUCCAGGUUUUGUGGUCUUUGCAACACUUGUGGUCACUGUGUCCUUAAUAUUAAUCUUUGUGGUGGGACCUUGACAUGGACAGACAAACAUUCCUGUGUAUAUCACAAUCUGCUCUGUAAUUGGAGCAUUUUCAGUCUCCUGUGUUAAGGGCCUGGGCAUUGCUAUCAAAGAGCUGCUUGCUGGAAAGCCUGUGCUGCGACAUCCCCUGGCCUGGAUUCUGCUGCUGAGCCUUACAGUCUGUGUGAGCACACAGAUUAAUUACCUGAACAGGGCCCUGGACAUAUGCAACACUUCCAUCGUGACUCCAAUAUAUUACGUAUUCUUUACAACAUCAGUUUUAACUUGCUCAGCUAUUCUUUUCAAGGAGUGGCAAGAUAUGCCUGUUGAUGAUGUCAUUGGUACUCUGAGUGGCUUCCUUACAAUCACUGUGGGAAUAUUCUUGUUGCAUGCCUUUAAAGACGUCAGCUUUAGUCUCGCAAGUCUGCCUGUGUCUUUUCGGAAAGAUGAAAAAGCAACGGAUGGCAGUCUCUGUAAUAUGUAUGAAGUUCUUAAUAAUAAUGAAGAGAGCUUCACCUGUGGAAUUGAACAACACACUGCUGAAAAUAUCUCCCGAAGAAAUGGAAAUCUGACAGCUUUUUAAUAAGAAAGAUGUAAUUAAAAGGUUAAUCUAUAAUUGUGU